GACUUCGUGCGGGACAUGCCGUGGCUGGCGCUGCCCUACAAGGACAAGCACAGGAAGCUUAAACUGUGGAACAAAUACCGAAUCUCCAACAUUCCAUCACUAAUAUUCCUAGAUGCCACCACCGGGAAGGUCGUCUGCAGGAAUGGGCUGCUGGUGAUCCGUGAUGACCCAGAAGGUCUGGAAUUCCCUUGGGGACCUAAACCCUUCAGGGAAGUCAUUGCAGGGCCCUUGCUUAGAAAUAACGGGCAGUCCCUGGAGAGCAGCAGCCUGGAGGGGUCUCACGUGGGAGUCUAUUUCUCUGCACACUGGUGUCCACCCUGCCGAAGCCUCACUCGGGUCCUGGUGGAAUCCUACCGGAAGAUCAAGGAGGCAGGCCAGAAAUUUGAGAUCAUUUUCGUUAGUGCAGACAGGUCAGAAGAGUCAUUCAAACAGUACUUCAGUGAGAUGCCCUGGCUUGCUGUCCCCUACACUGACGAGGCCCGGCGGUCGCGCCUCAACCGGCUCUACGGAAUCCAAGGCAUCCCCACGCUCAUCGUGCUGGACCCUCAGGGGGAGCUGAUCACGCGGCAGGGGCGGGUGGAGGUGCUCAACGACGAGGACUGCAGGGAGUUCCCGUGGCACCCCAAGCCUGUGCUAGAGCUCUCCGAUUCCAAUGCCGUGCAGCUCAAUGAGGGCCCCUGCCUCGUCCUUUUUGUAGACUCUGAGGAUGAUGGAGAGUCCGAGGCAGCCAAGCAGCUGAUUCAGCCAAUUGCUGAGAAAAUCAUUGCCAAGUACAAAGCCAAAGAGGAGGAGGCACCGCUUCUAUUCUUUGUGGCUGGGGAGGAUGACAUGACUGACUCCUUGCGAGAUUACACCAACCUGCCCGAGGCUGCCCCUUUGCUCACCAUUCUGGACAUGUCAGCCCGGGCCAAGUACGUGAUGGAUGUGGAGGAGAUCACCCCUGCCAUUGUGGAGGCCUUUGUGAAUGACUUCCUAGCAGAAAAGCUCAAACCGGAGCCCAUCUAGUGGGGCUCUGGCCUCAUGAGACGUUAUUUAAAACUGUCUUCUACUCCUCCUCCCCUUCCUUCCCUCUGUCCUUGGACUUUUCCAGCGUGUCCUGGAUCACACAACCCAAGUGUCCAACCUCUCUGUGGUGCCUUGUUUCUACAUUAACUCCUCAGCCAGCACCCUAGGGUGCGUAUCGUCUCAGCAACAGAAGAACCCACCAUCUGUGAAGACUGCUUGGGAUUCACGGGGAUAGCAUAAUCCAGCCAGAACUGGGACUGCGUCGCUCUCUCAGAGUCCCUAGCUCUUGGUGAAGGAUCUGCCAGAGGGUUUUUCUGCAGAGUAAGCAUGAAGGAACAGUGGAUUGGGGCUCUGGCUGUGACUCUGGUGUCAGCACACACAGAGCCCAAGACAGCCACAGGAGAACUGCUCGGUGACACACGUACCUGCAGGUGGAGCAGAGAAAGGGCCGCAGGCCUCCUUAGGCAUCAGCUCAGAACUGUUGGUGAGGACAUCCUUUUCUAAAUGACUUAAGUCUUUCUUGGUCUGGGGGAAAAACAGCAGGCUGUCAGUGGGUUCUUGGGCAGGAGAUCUCCAAGUCUAAAAGGACGUUUGUGGGGUUUUUUGGGUGAGAAAAAUAAGUAGCUUAAGUAAUGAUUUAUAUAGUAAUUGCUUACUUUUAUUGAGCUCCUAUCUAGUGAUAAGAGCUUCUCAUUCCUUCCUUAUAUCUCUUUAUUCUUUAAUCUUGACCUUCCCCAAGUUUCUCCCUGCUCAUACAAACAGCUCCUACUCUCUUGGAUUUUUGUUAAGGAAUUCUUCCCCCUUGGACAUCUUCCCAAGAAACUUGGCCCUGAGUUCUUAGAGGAGCACAGCCUAGCACAGACCACUGUCUCAGCCCAGCUCUGUGUCUGAGGCCACUGGACCUCUGCCAAGGUGCCUGCACCUACCUUUGGUUACCCCUGUCAUUGCCUUCUCUUUCCAGAGCAGAACUAAAAAGAGACCAGAAACUCCCAGAAGCCUAGCUUUUUCCUAAGAACCUGCAGAAGGAGCUGUGCCCUAGGGCAAGAGCGAGGACGGAGGAGCGGGUCAGCUUCCAGUAGGCCUUGGAUGCCCACGUAGCUUGGCCUCUUAUUUGGGCUGAACUGACCACAAAAAGGGAAACAACAACUGUGUUCUUAGGAUUUGGGUUAGAGGGCUUUGGCUAGGGAUUUGCCUAUCUCAGUUAGGUGUCAGGGUCUUUAAACAAUCCCAGGCCUUACCCUUGGCUCCACUCAGCACUCUGCCAACGAAAAUCAUUUAUUUGGAAAAUCCAGCCUCCGCAGUAAGCUGUUGACACUGUUGUUCUUUACUGAAUUGGAUUGUUGAUUUGUAGUUCAGAGGUACAAAAUUAGUUGGUAAUUAGACUGUUAUUUGAUGUUGUCAGCUUGAAAUGCAAUCACCUAGUAAGAAAUAAAGCAGGCAUCUCUGGACGUUUACCAACCA